AAUUUAGAGUCAAAUAUGAUGUGGCGAGAUGCUGAAGGGAUCGAACAAAUGUAUCUGACUAGCAGGAUUCUUAGGGUAGAGUGGGCACGUAUUUUAGCGUGGACGAUGGGCGUGGUGGGCGUGGUAGUGGGCGUGGUGGUAGGGCUAUACAUCCUCAGGAAGUGCAGGGAGGCCAGAUGGGGGAAAUGUAGCAGUAAACGUCGCAUGGAAGGCAAGGUUGUGGUGAUCACAGGUGCUAACUCGGGCAUCGGUAAGGAAACAGCACGGGACUUGGCUGCCCGAGGAGCAGUUGUCAUUCUGGGGUGCAGGAGCCGCCAGGCAGCACUGCAGGCAGUGCGUGACAUACGUACCACUACUGGCGAUGGCGACCUGAUCGUCAUGGAUCUGGACCUUGGGGACUUGGCAUCAGUGCGAACCUUCGCCACAAAUUUGCUGCGAAAGUUUGACAAAAUUGAUGUGCUGAUCAACAAUGCCGGAGUGUACUUCCCUCCGGAGGAACGGAGGAAAUCCAAGGACGGUUUCGAGAUCCACUUUGGAGUCAACCAUCUGGGGCACUUUCUCCUCACCCACCUGCUACUUACCACCAUUAAAAGUACUCCCGGUUCUCGGAUAGUGACAGUGUCGUCAUCAUUGUACGUGCAUGGCCGUCUCGACUAUGAUGUCCUAGACAAUGCAGCUGAUGACAACACUGCUGCCACUGACGACAGCACCUCAACGGCACGACACAACCCACUCUACUGUGACUCUAAACUGGCUAACAUCUUGCACAGUCAGGAACUGGCCAGGAAAACACAAGGUGCUGGUGUCGGGGUACUGGUGGUGUGCCCAGGGUUCGUGUACACGGGUCUCAUGCGCUACACUCUGCACAAGUACAACUGGUUCAAGAAACUCUGCUUCACCCCAAUUAUUUUCCUCUUUAUGAGGAAUUCAGAGCAGGGUGCUCAGAGCGUAAUUCACUGCGCUGUAUCAGAGGAGCUGGAGGGCAUUGAAUGGGCCUUCGUGCGUGAGUGUAAGAUCGAUAAGCUGGCGGAAGUUGCUCAGGAUCCUACUGCUGCCACCAAGCUCUGGCAUAUCUCCAUGAAUAUGGUCGGCGAGGGGAAGGUGGGAACAGCUGGUACUGAGGUGGAAAAAACAGUUGGUGUUGAGGUGGGAACAGCUAGUGCUGAGGUGGGAACAGCUGGUGUUGAGGUGGGAACAGCUGGUGUUGAGGUGGGAACAGCUAGUGGUGAGGUGGGAACAGCUAGUGGUGAGGUGGGAACAACUGGUGGUGAGGUGGGAGCAGCUGGUGGUAAGGUGGGAACAGCUGGUGUUGAGGUGGGAACAGCUAGUGGUGAGGUGGGAACAACUGGUGGUGAGGUGGGAACAGCUGGUGGUAAGGUGGGAACAGCUGGUGGUGAGAGGGAAAGUGAGGCUGUGGAAGAAUAUAGAUCAUCAUUAAGGGAAGCAGGAAGAACACUUGUAGAGAGCAGCAGCCUGAUUGCCAUGGAAGAAGAGCCAGUGGAUGACGAGGGGAUAACUCUAGAUGACGAUGAGGACGACGUCGAAGGAAGCUAUGAUGUCACCAAAGAUGCAGCGACGUCAGACGAGGAACAACCUUCAACGGAUGAAGAGGAAGGGUCGUUAGAUGAUGACAAGCCGCUGUUGCUGCUCCAGCAACGCACGGCAAACUAGCUUUAUAAAACCUUUGUAAAUAUUUACCCUUAAUGUGCAGCCUCCCCCUUGAAUUGUGAAGCAAAGUGUGCUAGUAAAUAGCCCUUAGAUGUAGUGCAUAUUUUUGUAAAUGAGAGCAAGUGCCUGUACUAGUAGACUAUUAUGGGUGGCAUCUUGCAUGACAGGACCUUAAGUGCAGGGUUUCCUGGAUUAUCUUAGUUUAAUUUAAUAAUCCCCUGAAAGGUGCUUCUGGGGGUCACUGACCCCUUGGACUGGUCCCAAACCAGGCUUCCUGGGGGACCAAGGUCUCAUGAUCAAUCAGACUGUUGUUACUGGUAAGAUAAAUGAACUUAGAAAUGGAUCUUUUAUUGAAAACAAACUUGUUGAUCAUUGCAGAACAAUAGUGGGCUCAGGAGCUAUAGCUCAACACUAGCAGCAGUAGCCCAGGAGCUAUAACCCAACACUAGGAGUAGUGGUCUAGGAGCUAUAACCCAACACUAGCAGCAGUGGUCCAG